AUGGCUGCCUGUGUCUUGUCCCUGGAGGAGGACUUGUCGUGCAGCGUGUGCUGCGACGUCUUCCAGGAGCCCGUGCUUCUGAGCUGCGGCCACAGCUUCUGCAGGAAGUGCCUGAGCUUCCACUGGAGCUCCAGCCCGGGCCGCCGCCGCUGCCCCGUCUGCCGACGCUCCUCACCCCAGGAGCCCGUCCCCAACAUCAGCCUGAGGAGCACCUGCGAGUCCUUCCUGAAGCAGCGGCGAGAGGCCAGCGAGGCCCAGGAGGAGGAAGAGGAGAGAGGCAAGCUGUGUCCUGAGCAUGGACAGGAGCUGGUGUUGUUCUGCGAGACGGAUCAAGAACCCGUCUGUUCCCAGUGUAAGAACAGCCGACACAGGGGCCACCACACCAUGCCUGUGCAGAGAGCAGUGAAGGAGCGUAAGGGAAGGCUGGCAGAUGCCACAGAACCUUUGAGAGAUAGACUGGGUGCCUUGAGAAGUGGAUCAGCUGAUGGUCACACCUCAACAGCUCACAUCAAGGCUGUUGUGGAAAAGUGUGAGGUGCAGAUACGGAAAGACUUCGAUAAGCUCUUCAAGUUCCUGCAGGAGGAACAGAAAGACCGUCUGGAGGCUGUGAGGGUUGCUGGGAUACGAGAGAUCCAGCUAGCGAGUGAGGCCAUCGAAGCCGAGGCGACUCUCCUCUCCAGUCGAGUGCAGGAAGCGGAGGAGAUGGCGCAGAAAGAUGACAUCACUUUCCUGCAGGAAUUCGACGCCGUUAUGAUGAGUACAAAGCUCAGGCCCCCAGAGCCAGCCAGGUGUCCCUGGGCAAUGAUCGAUGUCCCCAGACGACUUGGCAACCUGAGGUUCAACGUCUGGAAGAAGAUGAAGGAAGUCGCUCCCUACUACCCAGUGAUCCUGGACCCCGACAUUCCGCCCGUCGGCAUCAUCCUAUCAGACGACCUGACCAGUGUCAAAGCCACGCCCAUUUCGGACACCUCCUCUCCGUUGUCCAAGUGCUACGUUUUGGUCAUGGGUUCCAAGGCCCUCGACGACGACUGUCACGUUUGGGACGUCCAUGUCGGCGACUCCUCGGACUGGAUGGUGGGCGUGACGUCCCAGCGACACUUUCAUCUGGGGGUCCCCCUCUCCGUGUCCCCGUUUUGGGGCUUCUGGGCGAUCCAGCGGAAGAACGAGGAGUACUUUGCGCUCACCUCCCCCCCUACCCGACUCAGGCUUCCUUUCUCCGCCGACGCCCUUCAGGUGCUCAGAGUCAAACUGCUGUACAAGAUGGUCGCCUACGAGGGCUCUUGCAAACGCUUCUGGGAGGUGACCUUCUCCGACGCGCGGAAAAGCCGGGGGUCAACCAUUUACAGCUUUUUGCUGGGCGGGCGCAAGAGGCCACUCUACCCAUUCUUGUGUCCACUGCGACGGGGGGGCAAGCUGACCCUCGAGCCUGCCGAGGUGACGGUGGAGGUGAAAGGGGUCGUGGGAUUCUGGGAAAAGUAUGGGUCAGAGGUCAUUCUGUUUGGGACUGUCGUCAUUAUCGUCAUUAUAGCCAUCAUCUCUCUGGCAUUACGGACAGACCUGUUUAGCUCUCUAAUCAGAUGGAAUGCACUAUAGAGUCACAUGUAAAUUAAUAAUUGGAUUGGAUUGGAUUUUGUCCUUAACUAAGGAAGGAGAAAACUGUUUUUUUUGUGAUUGGCAGCAAAGCCAAAGAGAAAGAGCAGCAAAAAUUGGAUCAGCAAUAGAGAGUUAGCUUCAGUAGACAUCUUGACUCUGGUUUGUUGCCUAUAAAGACCAAGCUCAUCCAUGUUUUUACGUAUUAUUAUUAUUAUUAUUAUUAUUAUUAUUAUUAUUAUAUUGUAUGUGUAAUCAUUUCUUCUCUUUUCUAUUCUGUUUUAUGACUUUUUCACUUUUAUGUAAUAUUUCUUUGAAUUCAAUUUGAAUGAAUGCAGCAAAAUAUGACAUGUGACAUGAACCACAUCUAAUUAAAUUAGUCUGUUUGUUUAUGAAGUCAAUUUGAUAAUUUAUGUUUUUGCAAUAUACAGUUUAAAAUACAGUUGCGUGUCAAAUGUUAAGCGUUAAUCUGAAACGAUUUGGUAAGAGUUUAAUGUACCAAUUUAACUUUAAUUUCACGGCUGGUUAGGCCCUUGGCUGUCAAGUCAAUGAAGUACAGUAUUUCCAGACCCACUCUCAAUCGCAACUAGGGCCGGAUGCGGCCCAUUGGAUUUCACUGUACCUGUGAACCGCCCGCAAACUGCCUUCAAAUAUGCCUGUCAUGGCUAUGCUAUAAUCAAUAAAAUAAAACGACAGCAGUGACUGGCUGCGAA